GACGACAGGCAGCGGCUCGGCCCCGGGCGGGCCCUGGGCGGGGAGAGCGUGCCAGGGCCGCCGACUCCGGAGCCGGCCACGCCGCCUAGCCUGGCCCCCGCCCGCGCACCCGAGAAGCCGAGAAGGCCCUGGGCAGUGACGGGGUGCGCGUCACCAUGGAGAGCGCUCUGACCGCCCGUGACCGGGUAGGGGUACAGGACUUCGUGCUGCUGGAGAACUUCACCAGCGAGGCCGCCUUCAUCGAGAACCUGCGACGGCGCUUCCGGGAGAACCUGAUCUACACCUACAUUGGCCCCGUGCUGGUUUCCGUCAACCCCUACCGGGACCUGCAGAUCUACAGCCGGCAGCACAUGGAGCGUUACCGAGGCGUCAGCUUCUAUGAGGUUCCCCCUCACCUGUUCGCGGUGGCCGACACUGUCUAUCGGGCACUACGCACGGAGCGCCGGGACCAGGCAGUGAUGAUCUCUGGGGAAAGCGGAGCAGGCAAGACUGAGGCCACCAAGCGGCUGCUGCAGUUCUAUGCCGAGACCUGCCCAGCCCCUGAGCGGGGUGGUGCUGUGCGGGACCGGCUGCUGCAGAGCAACCCGGUGCUGGAGGCCUUUGGCAAUGCGAAGACCCUCCGGAACGAUAACUCCAGCAGGUUUGGGAAGUACAUGGACGUGCAGUUUGACUUCAAGGGCGCCCCCGUGGGCGGCCACAUCCUCAGUUACCUCCUGGAGAAGUCCCGGGUGGUGCACCAGAAUCACGGGGAGCGGAACUUCCACAUCUUCUACCAGCUGCUGGAGGGGGGUGAGGAGGAGACGCUGCGCAGGCUGGGCCUGGAACGGAACCCGCAGAGCUACCUGUACCUGGUGAAGGGCCAGUGUGCCAAAGUCUCCUCCAUCAACGACAAGAGUGAUUGGAAGGUGGUCAGGAAGGCCCUGACUGUCAUCGACUUCACUGAGGACGAGGUGGAGGACCUGCUAAGCAUCGUGGCCAGCGUCCUGCAUCUGGGCAACACCCACUUUGCCGCCAAUGAGGAGAGCAACGCUCAGGUCACCACUGAGAACCAGCUCAAGUACCUGACCAGGCUCCUUGGUGUGGAAGGCUCAACGUUGCGGGAAGCCCUGACCCACAGGAAGAUCAUCGCCAAGGGUGAAGAGCUCCUGAGCCCGCUGAACCUGGAACAGGCUGCGUAUGCACGGGACGCCCUUGCCAAGGCCGUGUACAGUCGCACCUUUACCUGGCUGGUCGCGAAGAUCAACAGGUCGCUGGCCUCCAAGGAUGCCGAGAGCCCCAGCUGGCGGAGCACCACGGUCCUCGGGCUGCUGGACAUUUACGGCUUUGAAGUGUUCCAGCACAACAGCUUUGAGCAGUUCUGCAUAAAUUACUGCAACGAAAAGCUGCAGCAGCUCUUCAUCGAGCUCACCCUCAAGUCGGAGCAGGAGGAGUAUGAAGCCGAGGGCAUCGCGUGGGAGCCGGUCCAGUAUUUCAACAACAAGAUUAUCUGUGACCUGGUGGAGGAGAAGUUCAAGGGCAUCAUCUCCAUAUUGGACGAGGAGUGUCUGCGUCCCGGGGAGGCCACGGACCUGACCUUCCUGGAGAAGCUGGAGGACACAGUCAAGCACCAUCCACACUUCCUGACGCACAAGCUGGCUGACCAGCGGACCAGGAAAUCUCUGGACCGCGGGGAGUUCCGCCUCCUGCACUAUGCUGGGGAGGUGACCUACAACGUGACCGGGUUUCUGGAUAAAAACAACGACCUUCUCUUCCGGAACCUGAAGGAGACCAUGUGCAGCUCAGAGAAUCCCAUCCUGAGUCAGUGCUUCGACCGGAGUGAGCUCAGCGACAAGAAGCGGCCAGAGACGGUGGCCACCCAAUUCAAGAUGAGCCUCCUGGAGCUGGUAGAGAUCUUGAAGUCAAAGGAGCCUGCCUAUGUCCGCUGCAUCAAGCCCAAUGACUCCAAGCAGCCCGGCCGCUUUGAUGAGGUGCUGAUCCGGCACCAGGUGAAGUACCUAGGGCUGAUGGAGAACCUGCGCGUGCGCAGAGCCGGCUUUGCCUACCGCCGCAAAUACGAGGCUUUCCUGCAGAGGUACAAGUCACUGUGCCCAGAGACAUGGCCCACGUGGACAGGACGGCCCCAGGAUGGGGUGACUGUGCUGGCCAGGCACCUGGGCUACAAGCCGGAAGAGUACAAGAUGGGCAGGACCAAGAUCUUCAUCCGCUUCCCCAAGACCCUGUUUGCCACAGAGGACGCCUUGGAGAUCCGACGGCAGAGCCUGGCCACGAAGAUCCAGGCCACCUGGAGGGGCUUUCACUGCCGGCAGAAAUUCCUCCGGGUGAAGCGAUCAGCGACCUGCAUCCAGUCAUGGUGGCGUGGAACGCUGGGCCGGAGGAAGGCGGCCAGGAGGAAGUGGGCAGCGCAGACCAUCCGGCGGCUCAUCCAGGGCUUCAUCCUGCGCCAUGCGCCCCGUUGCCCCGAGAAUGCCUUCUUCGUGGACCAUGUGCGCACCUCUUUUCUGCUCAACCUUCGGCGGCAGCUGCCCCGGAAUAUUCUGGACACUUCUUGGCCCACGCCCCCACCUGCCCUGCGUGAGGCCUCAGAGCUGUUGCGGGAGCUGUGCCGGAAGAACAUGGUGUGGAAAUACUGCCGGAGCAUCAGCCCCGAAUGGAAGCAGCAGCUGCAGCAAAAGGCCGUUGCGAGUGAGAUCUUCAAGGGCAAGAAGGACAAUUACCCCCAGAGUGUCCCCAGACUCUUCAUCAGCACGCGGCUCGGUGCAGAUGAGAUCAACCCCAGAGUGCUGCAGGCCCUGGGCUCGGAGCCCAUCCAGUACGCCGUGCCCGUCGUGAAGUACGACCGCAAGGGCUACAAGCCGCGCUCCCGGCAGCUGCUGCUGACGCCCAAUGCCGUGGUCAUCGUGGAGGACGCCAAGGUCAAGCAGAGGAUAGAGUACACCAACCUGACCGGAAUCUCUGUCAGCAGCCUGAGCGACAGCCUCUUUGUGCUCCACGUGCAGCGUGAGGACAAUAAGCAGAAGGGGGACGUGGUGCUACAGAGUGACCACGUGAUCGAGACCCUGACCAAGACGGCCCUCAGCGCUGACCGAGUAAACAACAUCAACAUCAACCAGGGCAGCAUCACGUUCGCCGGAGGGCCCGGCAGGGAUGGCAUCAUUGACUUCACACCCGGCUCAGAGCUGCUCAUCACCAAGGCCAAGAAUGGGCACCUGGCUGUGGUGGCUCCGCGGCUGAACUCGCGGUGAUGAAGGCGCCCGCUGGACCCCUCCCGCCCCCCAGUGCUUCGCUCAUCCCCUCCUCCCUUCCAGCUACCAAAGACUCGAGCUUCCAGACAGGGACCCAGGGACACCUCGAAGCCCACCGACAAACUCCCGCCUCCUGCUUGGCCCUCUCUUGAGGGGGCAGCAGGGGCGCAGGAAGCUGCCCCAGGAGUGGGCCAGGCCGGGCCACAGCAAUAGGAAGAGCCGGGGCCAGAGGCACCCAUGCCAGCCCCACUGCCAGUGCCAAAUAUUUGAGAGAAGGGAACUUUUGCUGAGAUUUUUCUCUGAGAUUUUUUUGAUGCUUUAUAGGAAACUAUUUUUUAAAAAAGCCAUCUUCCCACCGGUUCCCCCCCACCCCGUCCGCCCACC